UUUCUUCCCCUGUCUCAACUCUCAAACAUGGCAAAACCUUUAUAGAGAAAACAGGGGAGUAGGUGUAUCCAUUCUUUAAUUUAAUUCAAGAAUGAGCAACACCGCCGGGCACCGCCAUUGUUACCGGCGGCUCUGCACCUACUAUUUCUUAAUUUCCCAGACUCUCAUUCUCAUCCUCCCAACUCUCACCGCACCUCUUGUACUCGACUCCAUCACCCCGACGCGCCCCCUCGCCGGAGACCAAACCUUAGUCUCCUCCAACGCGCUUUUCGAGCUGGGCUUCUUCACCCCUGAAAACUCCGGCCGAUGGUACGUCGGGAUAUGGUACAAGGACAUCGAAGAGAAGACCGUCGUUUGGGUCGCUAACAGAAACACACCUCUCACUAACGCCACCGGCCGGGGAGUUCUGAGAAUCGGCGAAGAUGGGGGUAUUUAUUUGGUGGACGGAGGUGGGAAUUCAAUCUGGUCGUCGGAGACUCCGACCCGGCCCGGCCCGGGGAACACGGUGGCAGAGCUCCUGGAUUCCGGGAACUUUGUUCUUCGCCGGGAAAAUGACCGGAGCGAGGAGAAAUAUCUCUGGCAAAGCUUCGACCACCCGACAGACACAUUGCUACCUGGUAUGAAACUAGGAUGGGAUUCUAAGACCGGUCUGAACCGGUACAUAUCGUCCUGGAAAACCGCGACCGAUCCGGCGGAGGGAGAUUUCUCCUUCAAGCUCGACACCAACGGCUUGCCGGAAGCGUUCUUGAGGAAAAAAAACGACGUGAUUUACGGGAGCGGAGCGUGGAAUGGAAUCCGGUUUAGCGGCGUCCCGGAAAUGAAUCCGACAGCCAUCAUAACAUUCUUAUUUGUCACGACGAAAUCCGAGAAUUACUACACGUUCGAGCUCCACAACCAGACAAUCUUCUCGAAGCUCCAGGUCAGCCAUGGCGGGUACUUGGAGCGGUACAUGUGGAUUCCGACGAGCAAAAUCUGGAACAAAUUCUGGUACGCGCCGGCCGACCAGUGCGACUAUUACAAGGAAUGUGGGCCCUACGGGAUCUGCGACACCAGCAUUUCGCCGGUGUGCGAGUGUUUGGUCGGAUUCGGGCCGCGGAACAAGCAGGCCUGGGAUUUGCGGGACGGGAGGGACGGGUGCGUUAGGGUUCACGAUUUGGACUGCGAAAACGAUGGGUUUUUGGCGUUGAAUUACAUGAAGUUGCCGGAGAGUUCCGGCGCUUUUGUGGACGCCGGCAUGAGCUUCGACGAGUGUACGGCGAUGUGCAAGAGGAAUUGCUCCUGCGCGGCGUACGCCAGCUCGAAUAUCACCGGCGACGGGUCUGGGUGCGUCAUGUGGACGACGGAGCUUCUUGAUAUGCGGCGGUACACGGCGGCGGAAGGUGGACAAGUUCUCUACGUUAGGGCGGCUGCUUCCGACGUAGUUGCAGUGCAAGGAGGAAUUGCUGCAACAGGAAACCAUAGUUCCAGCAAGACUAAACGGAUAGUAUUAGCCUGUGGCAUCAUUCUCGGCAUUGCCAUUGCUCUACUGGGAUUCAGCGCACUGUUUCUGAUUAAGAGAAGGAAAUCACAGAGCGCCAUGAGAUACACAGAUCACAGAGGUCUUUCUUCAGAAAGGGGUCAUCAAGAUCUUGUCAUGAACGCGCCUGUCAUCCCCAGCAAGCGCGACCACUCCGGUGAAACUGCAGCAGAAGAGUCGUUCGAGCUGCCCGUGUUCGAUUUCAGCACCAUUGUUGUCGCCACAGACAGUUUCGCUGACGCGAAUAAGCUUGGGCAAGGCGGGUUUGGCUGCGUUUACAAGGGAAUUAUUGAUGGUGAUGAUCAAGAAAUAGCUGUGAAGCGGCUAUCGAAGAAUUCUGGGCAAGGAGUGGAAGAGUUCAAGAACGAGCUUAGACUGAUAGCGAGACUACAACACAGAAAUCUCGUUCGCCUUCUCGGCUGCUGUGUAGACAUGGAUGAGAAGAUGCUGAUAUAUGAGUACAUGGAAAACAAAAGCCUGGACUCAGUUAUAUUCAAUAGAACCAAAAGUGUGCUGCUUAACUGGCAAAAGAGGUUCAACAUCAUCCGUGGAAUAGCUCGGGGGCUUCUGUAUCUUCACCAAGAUUCGAGGUUUAGAAUAAUCCACAGGGAUCUCAAGGCCAGCAACAUUCUCCUCGACAAGGAAAUGAACCCCAAGAUAUCAGAUUUUGGUAUGGCAAGAAUUUUCGGAGGGGAUGAGACAGAAGCAAAUAAUACAAAGAGAGUAGUGGGAACAUAUGGUUACAUGUCUCCUGAAUAUGCAAUGGACGGUCUUUUCUCUGUAAAGUCAGAUGUUUUUAGCUUCGGGGUUCUAGUGUUGGAAAUAGUGAGUGGGAAGAAGAACCGGGGAUUCUACAAUCAGAACAACCAACAGAAUCUCCUAGGGCAUGCAUGGGGGCUAUGGAGAGAAGGGAGGGGAUCAGAACUGCUCGAUCCGGCCGUCGGAGAAUCGUUUUCGCCAAGCGAAGUGAUGAGAUGCAUACAGGUGGGAUUGGUGUGUGUGCAGGAGCAAGCGGAAGACAGACCAAACAUGGCAACUGUACUUUUGAUGUUAAGCAGUGAAAGCACAACUCUUCCUCAGCCUAAACACCCAGGGUUUUGCCUAGGAAUCAGAAGACGUGCCGACAUCGAUUCAUCUGUAACGAACUAUGAUGAAACUCACAGUGUGAAUCAUGUGACGGUUACUAUACUAGACGGCCGGUAGCUAGAGAAUGAAACGCCGGCAGAAGCAUGAUAGUAUAGUUGUAUAGUUAAACACGUUCAAGGUUUUAAUUUUAUAAUUUAAUUUCUUCUUUCUUAAGUUUUGAAGAUGAUACAUCACACAUAUUUUUGCAUUACCUUGUAAAAAUUGAUUUUUUU